AAAUGGUGGCUUCUCUUCGCGGAGAAAUUAGUGGCUAAUAAUUCGAACAAAAAGCACCGAUUUGGCCAGCGAAUAUUGGAAAUUGCUGGCGAAAACGCUCGCAACAACGCUGGCCGCAGCCCGCUGGUGGAAAAGUCGCGAAAAAGCGCCCACAAAACGUGCACGGACCGAGUGAAAAUAUUCGUUGUGCGGAGGCAAUAAAAAAACGCAAGCAAGCAACCAAACUGUGUUUGUGCAAAUUAACCAAAAUAUACAUUUCCGGCUGCCCCCUCGCUGAGCAACAACAACAACAACAACAACUAUAACAACGACAACAGGAGCAGCAACAAAACCAACAACCAGCCGACCGCCCACCCCUUUCCAUCGCUUCCAUCGACCCAGAACACCAUCAUCAACAUCAGCAGCAUCAUCAUCGUCAUCAUCAUCGUUUGGAGUCUGAAGUCUGGAGUCUAGUGACUGGAGUUACUUUGCCGCCUGCUGCUGGAGUGAGGAGCUUCGGGUGGAACGCCUCGAGCAUCUAUAUACCCCGACCCCGGAUUCAUGUUGAAUUUUCAUAUCGUAGAGGGCAUAAAAAGGCUUAACACUGGACCGGAAGCGUGUUUUUAAAGGGUGAUGGCGGCCUCCACUCAAGGAGAAAUUCGAGUGGGUCCCGGCCACCAGGUAAACGAUGUCUAUGCAAAACUGCCCGAUUAUAAUCCAAUCUCAAGCUUCCCCAUCGACAAGGAAACCGAUGAACGUGAACUAGAGGAAUCAAGAUGGAGUCCAGGCGUUGUGGCCGAUGGCGAUUUGUUAAUGUUCUUGCGUGCGGCUCGCUCCAUGGCUGCAUUUCAAGGAAUGUGUGAUGGCGGACUAGAAGACGGUUGUUUAGCUGCCAGUCGCGACGACACCACAAUAAACGCACUCGACGUGCUCCACGAUUCUGGCUACGAUCCAGGCAAAGCUCUACAAGCACUCGUAAAGUGCCCCGUUUCGAAGGGCAUCGACAAGAAGUGGACCGAGGACGAAACGAAAAAGUUCAUCAAGGGUCUGCGACAGUUCGGCAAGAACUUCUUCCGCAUCCACAAGGACCUGCUGCCGCACAAGGAUACGCCGGAGCUGGUCGAGUUCUACUAUCUGUGGAAGAAGACGCCCGGCGCGAACAACAACAGGCCGCACCGGCGGCGCCGACAGAGCGCCUUGCGCCGCAACCGUGUUACGCGGGCGAACAACAGUAAUAGCAAUACACCUCCCAAGAAGGAGGACACACCGGAACCACAAACUGCGACGACGGCGACGGCGGCGGCGACCGCGGCGUCCGAGACGGCGAGUCGCUCCUCGCCCGCUGUCUCCAAAGAGGAGAACAGCUCGCUCACCGAGGACGACGCCAGCGAGUGCGACAGUGAUUCGAGUCUGACCCACAAAAGGGAUGAAUCACCCUCAAGGAUGAGGACGCGAAACAAGCAACAGAACAACAACAGCAGCAGCACCAGCAGCAACAACAACGCGGCCGGAAACGGCAGUGGCGGCGGUUCAGCCGCCUCCGUGGGCACAGGUUCAACCGGUGGCGGCGGUGCCGCUGGCGGCAACAGCUCUUCCAAGGACCAGACGUCAGCCAACGCCGUGGCUAAUGGCAAGCGGCCCAAGCGCGGCUCCGAAACGCCGGACGCCGCCGGCGGAGGAGCCUCCUCUGUCGAUAGCCCCAAGACCCCCACAAAGGCCGUGGCCGAGAGCUCCGCCACCAAGCGCAAGGGUGGCAAGCAGGACACGCCCAACAAGAAGAAGCGUACGGAGCAGGAGGCCAGUGAGCCGAGCGCCCAGGAGGAGAGUGCGAGUGCCGUUGUCAAGGACAAGCGCAAGCGACCGGACAGUCCGGUGGAGAGCAUGAACUCGGACAGCCGGCCCGACUCCGUGCUCGAUGAUGGGGAGUCCAACACGACGGACACCACCACUGCCGAGCAGCAGUCUACGAAAGACAGCAAGGAGACGACGGUUAGCUGCAAGGAGGAGCGCGAUAUGGUCACCAAUGAUCUGGAGGCCAAGGCCGAAGAGAAGGCCAUCAAGGCUGAAGCCUCGGCGGAGGACAGCAAGGACAGCGCCAUCAAAAACAUGGAUGAGGAAACGAACAUGCAGGCGCCGAGCAGUGUGGAGACGAGUUCAACGGACGGACCCAACCCCAAUGUGGUUUCCAUUCCUGUUGCGCCACCAAUUACCAUGAAGGUGCCCACAAUAGCCACUGUGGAGGCUCUGAAUGCGUCCGUGGACCGCAAGGAGGCCAUUGAGAAGAUGGAGACGGCGUGCGAUAGUGAUCCCGAGAUGCUCAAGAAAUUGGCCACCAUUAAGCAGGAGGCUUCUCCGCAGCAUCAACAGCACCAGCAGCAGCAGCAACACCUGCAGCAGCAAUCCCAGCAGCAGCAGAUGCAGCAGCAACUUGCGCCGGUCGGUAUCCAACCACCGCCAGUAUGUCCGCCUUCAGAGAGCGUCUACAUCAAGAAGGAGCCAAUGGAGGACUCCAUGGAUGCCACCUGCAAUCAGAACAGCAACGAACCGCAGGACCUGAAGGUGAAGAUCGAGAUUAAGAAUGAGGAUGCGCUGAAGCACAGCUCCGGAGGUUUGCCACCAUCCGGUCCUGGAGGUAUCCCACCUUCGGGACUGCACCCGCUUUCCGGCGCACCGGUGGAGAGCGGUCAGCCGGAACCGCUGCACCUGCAGCACCUACCCCAUGGUCCGGUGCCACCCCAACCGCCCGCCGGUUACCUUAUCGAUGGCCAGCUAAAGUACGGACCUCCGGGACAAGGCGGACCGCCAUCACAGCCACCGCAGCUGCAUAGCGAUGCGGCAGGACCAGGCGGCGUCGGUGGCGGAGCUCCUCCUGGAGCGCCAACAACGCCGCAGAAGUAUGCGCCGGAGAUGGAGCUGAAGUUCACUCCUCAGGAUCUCAAGUACCCGCCGCCGCCGCCCCUUGAUGCGCUCAAAUAUAGCCAGGAGAUGCAGGCUGCGGCAGCGGCAGCAGCAGCAGCGGCUGCUGGCAAGUACGAAAUGAAGUACAUGAUGGAACAGCCGGGCAAGUAUCCUGUCGAGCUGUCCGCUGCCCACCAAUCGCAGGGGAAACCCGGUUACCAGGAUUCGCUGAAGAUACCGGACGUAAAGCCCGGCUUUGGCCACCUGCCGCACAACGUGGGCUCGCCCCUGGACGUCGCGCACAAGUACGGCCCUCCGCCCACGUCCCAGGAGUCGCAGCAACCGCCCCAGCCUUCCGCUCAUCAGGUGCCGCCGGGAGCGACGCCACCUCCUGGCAUAGCCAUGCCCAAGCCGCACUAUCAGCACGAAGUGCAGACGCCACCGUUGGGACGGCCCUUCGAGCCCUCGGGCCUGAUGCUCAAGUACAGCGACCCACUCUCGGCCAAGUACGGUCCGCCGCAGGAUUUGAAGUACCCGCCGAUGCCGCCGGUUUCACAGGCAGGUCCCUCGGACGUAAAGCCGUACGGCGGCGAGAACUUAAUCAAGUCCUCGCAGUACGGACCGCCGCCAGAGAGUCCAAUCGACGCCUCUGCCCGCUCUACGCCUGGCCAGGACAGCCAGGGCAGCAACAGCAACUCGCAGCCGCCCUCGAUGCCGCCGCAGCCGCAGCAGUUCCAGUCGCCGCAUCCCUCGCCGCACAUGCCUUCGCCAGCUGGACUGCCGCCCGGAAUGCAUCCGCAAAAUCUCAUCCACGGCCCGCCUCCAGGUUCGGCAGGUGGACCGCCGCCGCCGCCCACGUCGAUGCACCAACCAACGCCGACGGCCCCGGGUCCGGGUCCACCGAGCUUGCAACACGGCCUUCAUCCGAGUCAGCAGCAUCCGCAGCUUUCGGUCGCCUCGUCGCUGCCGCCGAGUUCCAUUGGAAUUCCACCCACGCUAUCGACGAUGGCGCCGUCGCACAUGCAUCCCCACCUGCAUCCGCACCCGCAUCUGCAGGGUCUGCACCGGCCGCACGACAUGCCGCCCAGCAUGCAUCCACAUGCGCCGAUGCCGCUCUCGCUGCAGGGACAUCCGCAACACGGUCACGGCAUGCCUCCUUCGCAUGCGUCCCAACAGCAGCAGCAGCAGCAACAACAACAGCCUCCCGGCGGACCAGCAGGCACCGUGCGCACUCCCUCGCCUGCCCAGCAGCAGCCUCCCCGAUCCCUGCACGAUCCGCAGUCGCGGGAGCCGCCCAGCUCGCAGCCAUCAACGACGAUGGCGGGAUCAAGUUCUGGACCUGGUGGUCCGCCGCCGCAGCAGUCUCCGCACGCGCAUAGAACUUCGCCUCUGCCAGGACUCUCGGGAAGCGGGCCACCACCGCCGGGGCUCAUCGGGCACCCAAUGCCGAUACACCCGCACCUGGCGCACUUACCGCCAGGUCAUCCGGCCCACGCGGCGCUAGCCCAUCCGGGGCACCACCUGCUGUCGCACUCGAUAGCCGGCCUGGGACCUGGCGGUGGACCCAUCGCCCUGCUGGCCGGACCUGGCGGCCUCGGAGGUAUUCCCGAGUCUGCACUGAGUCGUCGUACCCCGCCCUCGCACCUGCCACACUCACACGCCUCCUCGGGCCCGGUGACGCCGCAUUCUGUGGCCGCCAGCAUGGCGCCCACCAGUGUGUCGUUGACCACCAGCACGGUGCCCUCGUCCGCCUUCAGUCGGGCCAGUCCCAGCGUACAGAUCUCCAGCAGUGGCAGCGGGGCUCCGUCUGGUCCUGGCAGCGGUGGACCUGGAGGAAUGCAAAAUUCCUCCGCAGCGGCUGCAGCCGCGGCGGCGGCAGCUGCUCAUCGUGCGGCGUCGCCUGCGUCCAGUGUGGGCAGUCUAAGCCGUCAGAGUCCGUUGCAUCCGGUGCCACAGUCUCCGCUCAGCCAUCAUCCCUCGUCCUCCGCGUUAUCCGCAGCGGCGGCUGCCGUGGCGGAAAGGGAUCGGCACGCGUUGCUGCGGCAGCAAUCACCGCACAUGACACCGCCGCCGGUGUCCAACGCCUCGCUGAUGGCCAGUCCGCUGAGCAAGAUGUACGCGCCACAGCCGGGCCAAAGGGGUCUAGGCACGUCGCCGCCACCUCACUUGCGGCCAGGUGCCUCACCACCAGUCAUUCGUCACCCGCAGAUGCCUCUCCCGCUGCCACUGAUAGCGCCUGGUGGCGGUAUUCCGCAAAUCGGAGUGCAUCCGGGUCAGUCUCCAUAUCCGCACCCCCUGCUGCAUCCCUCGGUGUUCUACUCUCCGCACCACCAUCCCUUCAACUCGCCAUAUGGCUAUGCGCCGUACGGUCCUGGGUUCCCGGCCUACAUGAAGCCGCCACCGCCGGCUGGACCCUUGGAUCCGGCUGCUGUGAUGGCCGCCCACCAUGCAGGCCUGCAGGGUCCACCGCCGCAGCAAGUGCGCCAGGAUGAGCAGAAUGCGGCUGCAGCCGCUGCAGCAGCAGCAGCUCAUUCGGCCGAGAAGCAGCACGCCGCCGCCGCAGCGGCUGCAGCAGCCCAACAGCUGAAGGCACCGCAGCAGCAGCAACAGCAGGGUGGAAUGCAGCCCAACAAGCCGCCGACGCCAAAGACGCCGCAGGGACCUGGUGGCGGGAUGCCAACUGGGAUGGGCGGCCCAGGAACACCGACGGGCCUGCCGCCAGGCGCCUAUCCCGGCAGCCAUAUGCCAGGAUAUCCGCCAGGGCCGCCCCAUGGUUCGCCUUUUGCGCCGCAGGAUGGCCAACCGCACGGCAUGAAGCCCACAUCGCACAUGGAUGCCCUGCGAGCGCAUGCACACUCGGCAAAUUCGGCGGGGCUGGGCGGUGGACAUCAUCCAACGGAGCCACUGCCCAUUGAUAUAGAGCCGGAUCCGGAGCCAGAGAUACCCAGUCCUACGCACAACAUACCACGUGGACCUAGUCCCGAGGCGAAGCCGGACGACACUGAAUGCCAUCGCUCCCAGUCUGCCAUAUUUGUGCGGCACAUCGAUCGCGGGGAUUACAAUUCGUGCACGAGAACGGAUCUAAUCUUCAAGCCGGUGGCCGACUCGAAGCUGGCCCGCAAGCGCGAGGAACGCGACCGGAAGUUGGCCGAAAAGGAGCGCGAGCGGCGUCAGCAGCAGCAGCAACAACAGCAGCAACAGCAACAGCAGCAAGCGGCUGCCGCUCAACAGGCGGCGCAGCAGGCCAAGAUGAAGGCGGAGCUGAAACCUCCAUAUGCCGAUACGCCGGCACUGCGCCAACUGUCCGAGUACGCGCGUCCCCAUGUCGCCUUCAGUCCUGUUGAACAGAUGGUGCCAUAUCAUCAUCCAAUGGGCCCCAUGUACAGAGAGAGGGAACUGGAGGAGAUUAAGAACGCACAAGCCGCUGCGGCGAGUCAGUCCCGACUCGAUCCGCACUGGAUGGAGUACUACCGACGGGGCAUCCACCCUUCGCAGUUCCCGCUAUAUGCGAAUCCGGCGAUAUCGCAGAUGGAGAGGGAGCGCCUGGGAAUUCCGCCGCCGCACCAUGUCGGCUUAGACCCGGGCGAGCACAUGGUGCGUAUGAUACGAUUGACGAGAGAAUAUCAUGCACACUCUCAUACUCAUUUACAUUUGCCUUUGCAUCCACAGCCGCAACCACCGGAGGCCGGUUUCCAACUGCCACCGAAUGUUGGCCAGUAUCCGCGGCCAAAUAUGCUUAUACCUAGGGAGCCGCACUCGGAUGUCCUGCUGCGCAUGUCCUAUGCCGACCAACUACAGUAUUUACAGGCCGCCGAGUUCCAGCGACAAUCCCUGCACGAUCAGUACUUCAGGAACCAGCUGCGUUAAUCCCGGGAGUGGACACAUUCACCUACUGACCAAGGCAUUCAGAAUCAAAAAGCAGAAACCAACUACAAGAAACUAAACUAAACAAAACAGGACACGAUGGUCGCAAUAUCUUUUAAGUAUCCUCUUUUUAGUGUAUAGUGUUAAAUUCUUAAAACCUAAGCUAGACGAGCAGCGAU